GGAAGCGCCCAGCUGGCUGGAACCCACAGUCCUCCCAGGGCUGGCCUGGCGCAAGAGAAAGGAGCCCCAGGGUAGGCGGAGCUUGUGCCAGGGGACCCUCAGCAAAGAGUGCCCCUGGGAACUGGAGGGGAUGGUGGAUCCCUGGAGGGUUGUGCUCCUUAUCCUUAACCCAUAAGGCCACCUGGGGACAGAUUUUCUGCUGGGCGCCUGGCCCCGCCCUUCGGAGAGGUAGGCUGGGCAGCCAAACCCGGCGAGGGCUAAGAUGCGGCGGAAGGGCGGGUGUGGCAGGGGUGGAGGAGUUUAAUGGGGCUGUUUGAGGAUCCCUCCCUACCGGCGAAGUCGGGAGCGGAGGCAGACCCCAGCCCCCACUAGCCUGGGGCCAAUGCGCGCGCCCGGCCCCUCCAGGCACGGCGGGAGCGCGCGAGGCGCUGGCCCCUCGGCCCGAAAAUCAAACCUGGCUGUUGGCUUCUCAGCCAAUCGGAGAGGAGACAGGCCGGCCUCGACCAAUGGCUGCCGAGAAUGCUAAUGAGCGCUGACGCCACGAGGAGGCCCAUUCAAAAAGUCGCCGCUAUUGUCGGGGCUGGUUGUACGCCGCCGGGCCCUCCGUCUGGCCGCGCGGGGACCGGUGCGCGGCCGGCCGAGGACCGAGCCCCGCCGGCGGGCGCCCAUGGCCGGAGCCGCAAUGGCUGAACCCGGCCGUGGGCCGCCCCCCGCGCCGGUGCCCGCGCCCGGCACAGAGGGGCUGCCGCGCGCCUUCCUGCAGAGCCUGCGCACCCUCUUCGACAUCCUGGACGACCGGCGGCGCGGCUUCGUGCACCUGCGAGAGAUCGAGUCCCGCUGGCAGGGCGCCGACGCGCGCGAGCUGCCCCGCGGCGUGCUCGAGGGCCUGCGCCAGGUGGCCCCGGCCAGUGGCUACCUGACCUUCGAGCGCUUCGUGGCCGGCCUGCGCGCCUCUCUGCUGAGCACCGACAGCGCCACCCGGGCCCCGGCGCGCGCCCCGGCCCGGGGAGGCUGCUCGGCGCGGCCCGGGGGCCAGCCGCCGCCGCCGCUGCCGCCGCAGCGCUUGGUGUUCGCGCCGGCUGACGAGCCGCGGACGGUCCUGGAGAGGAAGCCCCUGCCGCUGGGCGCGCGCCCUCCGCCGGUCGGCCCUGGCGGCGCGGCCCGGAGCCUGGAGAAGCUGUGUGGCCCGGCCGAGGCGGCGCCCGGCCCUGCGGAGCCGGAGCGUCCCCAGGGCGCGGCGCUGGAGCGGAGUCCGAGCACAGACGCUGGUGCGGUGGCCUGCAGGGCCUGGGAGCUGGGCAUGGGGGACGCCCGGUGGGGCCCCCGGGCCCGAGGGGAGCGUCGGCGACACACCAUCACCAACGGUGUGGACUGUGACCUGCUGAAGCAGAUGAAGGAGCUGGAGCAGGAGCAGGAGGUGCUGCUGCAGGGUCUGGAGAUGAUGGCGCGGGGCCGGGAGUGGUACCAGCAGCAGCUGCAGCGAGUGCAGGAGCGCCAGCGCCGUCUGGGCCAGAGCAGGGCCGGCGCCGACUUUGGGGCUGAGGGGAGUCCCCGCCUGCUGGGACAGCUACUGCCCAAGGUGCAAGAGGUGGCCCGGUGCCUGGGGGAGCUGCUGGCUGCAGCCUGUGCUGGCAGGGCGCUGGCCUCAUCCUCCGUGGGGCCCCUGGGCCCUGUCGCAGCCCCUGCGUCACCCUUGGCCCCAGGCUGGCAGCAGCAGACCAUUCUCAUGCUGAAAGAGCAGAACCGGCUGCUCACCCAGGAGGUGACGGACAAGAGCGAGCGCAUCACGCAGCUAGAGCAAGAGAAAUCCGCCCUCAUCAAGCAGCUGUUCGAGGCCCGCGCCCUCACCCAGCAGGACGCUGGGCCUCUGGACUCCACCUUCAUCUAGCCUGCUGCAGGCACGGACACGGGGCCCCGCAGCCCGGCCUGGCCCUCCUCCCCAGGCGGGCACUUCCUUGCGCCCCACCUCUGAGGCUGAAGACGCCCUGGCCAGCCUGGACAUCGCCUGCCCUUCUCCCUUUCAGUCUGGGCUUCUCCAAGCUCUCCCCAGGCCUCCUCCCACCGCAGGAUGUCCUGAGGCCUCAGCAGACUCCAUCCUGGUCUCGGGCUGACCUGGGUGGGACUCCAACGAGCCCGCACAGCCUGAAGCUGCUGCUGCUGCCAUUGUCCUAAAAGGCACUGGUCACACCGCACUGCACUUCCAAGAGCGGCCAGCAGAGGGAGCUGCGCGCACCGGUCGCCACCACCCGGCCGCCCAAAGGGCUGGGGUUUGGGGUAUCCCGCGGCCUGGGGCGCGCCGGGCCCGGGGGUCCAAGGGCCUCUUCCCCGCUCCAGAAAGGAGGCUGUUCCUCAGCCAGGACCAGCGGAGGGUGGCCUCCAGGAGGGGGUCUACUUGUGUCCGGUUCCAGGGGAGCCCCUGACCCGGGAAUGGUGUCCUGGAUUUGUGCUGGCCCGCUUGCUCUCCCCACAGACCUUAGGUGCUAAACAAGGGAGUCAGCUGUCUUCCCUCCUGGGCAAGAUCACCGAGCACCCUGUGACCCAGGCCCAGAGCCUGCGGCCUGCCCGGUGACCUGGCUGGGGCUGUGGUCACCAGGGGGGUGCCCAGGCCCCUCCCACCAGAUUCAAGGUUCUGCAGGUAUGCGGACCUGCCAAACCCCCCAUCUUCCCACUCUCAGCUUGGCCCUGGGUCGGGGACUCAGGACUCUGGAAGGGGCUGGCAGAGGGUCCUGUUGGGGGGUCAUGGCCUGUGCCCAGCAACAGGCCUGCUCCAGGGGGACCGCUACACAGCUGGGCCUGCCAAUGGCAUCUCGGGCGGGGCGGUGCCCCCACUGCCGCCCCCCAGGCUAAGAGGACAAUAACAUUUCAGGCAGUCUGAGUGGUUCUGGGCCCUGGUCCCACGUGGGCGUGUAUGGAGCACAGCCCAGAGCCGGCUUGAUCACAGCGGAGGGGCACCGGGUGCAGGGUGGCAGCUCCUGCCAGCCCCGCCCUGGGCCACACCAGCAGCAACCUGGCUGAGGCCGCUCCCCACGCGGCCCUUGGGUUGUUCCAGUCAGGCCCAAGUCCGCCCAGGACAUGUGCUCCCCGCUCUGGAUGGGAGUGGGAGACAGGAAGGAGACAUGGUCCCCAAGGCCAGAUGUCACCUGCAGCCCCUAGGCAGGCCUGCGGUGUGGUCAUUAGACCAGUGUCCACCCAGGAGAGGUCCUCCUGCCACCAGGACCUUCCCAAGGCUGCCUCUCUCCUGGUUCUUGGGUCCGUUCCUUUCUUCCAUCCAUGGCCGGUCCCCCACACCAGCCUGGGCCCUGAGCCACCCUCACCAGGGGUCCCUCUGCUUGCAGGCUCUCCAAAUGGCCCUCGCUAAUUCCAGAGCUAAAAACUGCCCCUCCCCUGCCCCUAAUCCUCCAGGACGCAGGGCGGGCCCAGGCCCUGAGCAGGCUCAGCCAUAACCCCCAGACCCCUGCCACCAGCGAGGCUUGCCCACUCUGGGCUGUGCAAUCUGCAGGGGCCAAAACAGCAAAGGCGGCAGGACUUGGCCCUGGGGGCGUCUGCUUCCGCCCGGGUCUUUACGGAGCUUGGGCAGCUGAACAGCAGGAGCCCAGGGGUGCCUCCCCCCGCCCCCCCGGACGCCGACCUUCAGCUGCAGGGCCAGUGAGGAGUAAACCGGAGACUCAGGGAGAGGCUUCUGGCGGCGCUGGCCUUCCACGCAGGGCAAAGACCUCUUCUUUUGCAGCCUGAAACCUGGCUGCCUGUGUGGCUCGAGACAUCAAAGGGAGAAUUCUACGUGGCCCCAGGUUGGCAGUGGCCGGCAGAAGCAAGAGGCGCCCUGCCUGGAGCGGCGGUUCUUAGGGGACGUUGCACUGCAGGCUGUUUAGCAACAUCCUGGCCUCCAUCCACAAGGGGCCAGAAACACUCACACACACACCCUGACAACCAAAACGUUGCUGAUGCCUGGGGGCGGCAGGGGCAAUGGCCCUUAGCUGGGCAUCUACUCCAGAGCAGUGCAGCUCCACCAGGCCACCAAGGAUUUCCUGUGGAUCAAGAACCAAGGAAAAGGAGCAUCUCCAGCUUAAAAAACUUUUCACAAACACCAUAAGGAAAGCCAUGAGAGCCAGCAGAAAGAGCAGAUUCGAUAGCCAUUGCAGAUAUUCAAAUAACCGGAGAAUAUAACUAUGUUUUGUAUGUCUGAAGAAAUAAAAAAGUCUUUGAAAAUAA